AUGGAGUUCCAGGGAAGAGCUUGCUUCAGUUGCGGCGCUACUACGCACCAGGCCAGAGACUGCCCCAACCGUGGUGCGGCUAAGUGCUACAACUGUGGUGGCGAGGGCCACAUGAGCCGUGAUUGCCCGGAAGGUCCUAAGGAGACCAAGACGUGCUACCGGUGCGGCCAGGCUGGUCACAUUUCCCGCGACUGCCCCCAGUCUGCUGGCCCCGGUGGCAGCGGCCCGUCCGGCGCGGAGUGCUACAAGUGCGGUGAGGUCGGUCACAUUGCCCGCAACUGCCCCAAGGGUGGCUUCGGCGGCAACCCCAGCGGCGGUGCUGGCGGCUACGGCAACUCGUACGGCGGCGGCGGCGGUGGCGGCGGCUACGGCGGCAACCAGAACAAGACCUGCUACUCUUGCGGUGGCGUCGGCCACAUGUCCCGCGACUGCGUGAACGGCAGCAAGUGCUACAACUGCGGCGAGACCGGCCACUUCUCCCGUGACUGCCCCAAGGCCUCGACCUCUGGCGAGAAGAUCUGCUACAAGUGCCAGCAGCCCGGCCACAUCCAGGCCGACUGCCCCAACAACUAA